UUAUAUUGCAUCUGGACGUGUCCAUGGCUACUGUUCCUUUUGGGUUUCAAAACGCGCAAGAAAUGAAUCCGGGACCUUUGGGAACGGAAGAAUCAGUGACCCUUUUAGUUAAGCACCUUCCUGAAGCGAUUACUCACGACACUCUCACUCGACUCUUCUCUCACUAUGAUGCUUCCUCUGUUCGACCUUGUUCAACUGGAAGAUUGAGAAACUGUGCAUUUGUGGACUUCAAAAGUCAAGCACUGGCUUCUCAAGCCCAUCGCCAGUUAAAUGGGCUGAGGUUUCUUGGUAAAGUCUUAACAGUUGAAAGAGCUACUAAGCUCCAUGAGGAUAGUAAGCUCAAAGAUACCGAAGCUAAACCCAGAUCUUUGAUGGAGGAUUCUACUGACCAUAAUAAAGGUCUAAAAUCAGGAGGUCUACCUGCUAGUGAACUAAUUGCUCCAAGACUUGGCGUAGACUAUCCAUUUCCUCCUUUCCUUGAAUAUGCAUAUCCUCCCCCAGAUGGAAAUAUCCUGACCAAUAUUGUAAAUGCCCUUAUUGCUGUUCCUCGCUUCUAUACUCAGGUGUUGCACUUGAUGAACAAAAUGAACAUUCCAGCUCCAUUUCGUAUGGCUCUGCCCACACCACCUCUUCCGCCUUCAGUACCUGCACCACCAGCACCACAACCACCACCACCUCCUCCUGUAGCAGAUCUGUCAAGCAGUGAGUCAGAAAUGGAGUCCUCAGAUGAGGAAAAAUGCGAUUCAUUGGGGGAUGUAAAAACAGCAAAAUCUGGAAGAAAACGUGCCAGGCGAGAAUCUAUUGUUGGCCCUGCCAUUGAUAAGGAAGUGGCUCAUGAGGCUGUUGGAGUGAAACCAGCUACCUUAAUCCCAAAAGAGAUCCCAGUGAUAAAAAAGAAGAACCCUGUAUUACAGAUUAAAAUUGCCCCCAAAGUAAUUCAGAGUCAACAUAGAGAUGAUAGCAUUACGGAGGAAUUGGAGGAGCACAUCGAAGUGGAUUCUGACAAUAGACCUUUUGCGACCCCAGAAGAGCUGGAGAGGGGGAAGUUGCCUCCAGAGGAACUUUUAUCACUUCCAAUGUUCAAGAACUACACUGCUGGGAAUCCUGCAUCUGUGUUAUACAUAAAGAACUUGGCAAAAGAUGUUGUUCCCGAUGACUUUUACUUCAUAUUUGGAUCACUAUUUGGAACCAUUGAUGCAGCUAAGUCUGGUCUUAGUGUAAAGCUAAUGCAGGAGGGAAGAAUGAGGGGCCAAGCCUUUGUGACAUUUCCAUCAGUUGAACUUGCCCAUCGUGCUUUGAAUCUAGUGAAUGGAUAUGUUUUCAAAGGCAAACCAAUAAUCAUCCAGUUUGGGCGGAAUCCUGCUUCUUCAAAAGCAAAUUAAUUGAACAUUUCCGCAUGAACAGGAGGAAGCUCUUUAUGCUGCCCUGUCAUGGUAAUUGCAUCAUAUGAAAGAUGGCAAGUCUUUCUACUCAGGCAGAAGCAUAUUGUUAUGGCAUUCGCAGCUCUUAACAAGACAUUCCUGAUGGCAGCAGAAGUGUUAAGGUUGCUGUUGCUCUCUGAUCAUGCUUUGACACAACCGUGGAUAGAGGCAUGUUUAUGAAUCAACAAAUGGAAAGGUACACGCCCCUCCUUAAGCUCGGUCUGAUCUCUCGGUACAAGCUUGUCAUCUGUUGAUGUUGUUGUGACCAGUAUUUCUGCAACUUUUUCAACUUUCAAAACACUGCAGAUUGAAGAAGAAACGGGUACCGGUACUGAUCCUUAUCAUUCACAAGGUUGUCUGGGGAAACCCUUAUGUUACUUUUUUUUUUUUUUUAAAUUCCAUCUAAGAAACUCCCAUGUCUUGUAGUGUAAAAAGAAAGAACUCAAACGUCAGAACCAUAUUAUUAGGACAGAUUCUGGAUACAUUCAAAUACUCUUGCACACAAGCAAGCAUCACCCAACUUCUGAUAA